GACGUCGUUCACCUUUGUGGCUUGUCCUCCGCAUUGCGAUACAAUCGAGCCUCUACGAAGGUGACAGCCAUGCGGAAUAUAAAUCAUUCAUGGUGGUCUUUAUGGCCGGAAUCGUGGAGUGUGCUAUGAGGGAGAAUUUGCGCGACAACAGCCUACUCUUCUGUAUGAGAGUGAAGAUAUGUGCUCGUAUCUACAAGCUUGGCGCCGCUGCUCCUCAGUUUGUGAUUCAGCGCGUCGAGGGCGUCGCAGAAGACGUGGAAGGUCUUCUCCAGAAGAAAUGGAAGGGAAUUCAAAAUAAACAGGCGAAAUCGUCGCGAUGGGACGCUGACAAUCUUGACAUCACGGCCGAUACGACUCUGGCGCUUCCGCAGUCGAAACCAGCCGCUAAACGAAUACUCUAAUACGCUAUCACAACCCACGCACCAUCUGUGUUCCAGGCCGAACACGUGCCGCGCCUUCGAAAAACGCGUAAUUUCCAUGAAUUCACUCGCGACAAACUCAAUGGAGCGUUUACAGUUGAUGUACGCAUCGCGUUGGUUGAUUUCGAAUUCUGU